UGAAAUCAAUGGUUGCGUUACCUGAAAACAAAAAUCAAAAAUGGCUGACUGUCUGUGAAGUAAAAUGCAUCUAGCUAGUGUGUUGCGAUCAGCAAAAUUAAUGCACAACGGAAAUUUUUAUGCUGAUACGCCGUGAAUGGAUCUUUUACUAUAAAAUUGUUAAUAAUGACUGCAAAUAUGUAUAGAGUUGGUGAUUAUGUCUAUUUUGAAACUUCUUCUACUGCACCUUAUCAGAUUAGAAGGAUAGAAGAGCUUAUUAAGACACCAAAUGGUAACGUAGAAGCAAAAGUCAUGUGUUUUUUCAGGCGAAGAGAUAUAGCCACUUCAUUGGUUAUGAUGGCUGACAAACAACGUCAUGAAAAUAUGGAUGCUACUUUGAUAAGUGCCUUAGAGGAAGAACAAGAACGUGAGGCAGAGCAAUUAGCUGAAAAGGAACGUCAUCAACUGAAACACAGAGAACUUUUUCUGUCUCGACAAGUAGAAACACUGCCAGCCACACAUAUUCGAGGGAAAUGUUCUGUAACACUGUUAAAUGAAACUGAAUCACUUCUUUAUUAUCUGAAUAAAGAGGACUGCUUCUUUUACUCUUUGGUUUUUGAUCCACAACAAAAAACGCUAUUAGCAGACAAAGGAGAAAUUAGAGUUGGACCUAGAUACCAAGCUGAAAUUCCACCUAUGUUGCCAGAAGGCACUGAAGAUCCUCGAAAAUUAGAAGAUCUUGAAGAGCUUGUUUAUACACCACACCAUAAUUUGACAGAUAGACAAAUUGACCAGUUUUUAAUUAUCUGCCGGUCUGUAGGCACAUUUGCAAGAGCCCUGGAUUGCUCUAGUUCAGUUAAACAGCCAAGUCUUCACAUGAGUGCAGCUGCUGCUUCUAGGGACAUUACAUUAUUCCAUGCUAUGGAUAUUUUGCACAAGCAUAAUUACGACAUAACUACAGCACUAGCAUCUUUAGUGCCGAGUGGUGGACCAGUUUUAUGUAGAGAUGAAAUGGAAGAAUGGUCUGCUUCAGAGGCCAACCUUUUCGAGGAAGCAUUAGAAAAGUAUGGCAAAGAUUUCAUCGAUGUCAGACAAGAUUUCCUGCCUUGGAAAAGUUUAAAGAAUGUUAUAGAGUAUUAUUACAUGUGGAAAACUACAGACCGUUAUGUUCAGCAGAAAAGAGUUAAGGCGGUGGAAGCUGAGAGCAAACUAAAACAAGUGUACAUUCCUAACUAUAAUAAUAAACCUGGCGUAUUAAAUGGAGCCAAUCCUGGUGAAAGUCCUUCUGCUAGUGGGCGACCUUGUGAAAGCUGCUACACCCCCACAUCUAGUCAGUGGUAUGCAUUUGGACCUGCUCAUUUGCAAUGCAGAUUGUGCCAAUCUUGUUGGAAUUACUUUAAACGUUUUGGUGGAUUAAAGUAUCCUACUAGAUUAGAAUCUGUAGAUUUAAUCUCUGGAUCUGGUUCAGAUAAACUCCAAUCACACAUUGCUUCGCAUAGGCCUCAUAGGUGUACAAUAUCUGGAUGUGGAAAAGAAUUCAAGUUAAAAGCACACCUCGCAAGACAUUGUGCUACAGCUCAUGGACUUGUUAUAAGAGCUGGGAGCCCUAGGCCAAUUAUGAAAACAAGGGCAGCAUUCUAUCUUCAUACUACGCCAUUAACCAGAAAGGCUCGACGUUAUGCAAGCCACUUAGUAAAACCACGACAUGCUGCGAGAAAUCCUUUCCAGCCCAUCAAUAUUCUUGCAAUCAAACAAGAAUUUCACACUAGAAUGAUUGAAGGGCAACCUGAUUUGCCAAAACUUGGGCCACACGAAAGAGGUCGUGUUGUUGAUGUUUCUCAUAGACUUGGGACACCCAAUUUACCCCCUCCUGAGUGGUUGCUACCUACCCCCUUGGAUAAAAUUCCAAAACUAGAACGUGAAGCUUUUCCUCCGCCACCUCGAAAUGAAGAUGGCUCUCUUUCAAUACCUAAACAUCCAAUGGACAUGGAGGAAAAUAAUGUGCGUCUAACACCCAGCAUUGCUAGUGCAUCACCAACCAUUCUUCGAAAAAGAGGAUACGAACAACAGAAUGGGGUUGAGCCUGUUGGGAUUCCACCAAAACGAAGAGCUCUCUCUGGUGGAGGAGUAAUCAAGCCAACGCCUGAUAUUUUCAACGUGAGUUCUCUUGCUCGGAGUUCUGUAGUGAACAACCCUUUGAAUGGGAGGGCUAAGAUGGCCACUAUCACUCGAGUGGGUGGACGCAAACAAAUGAUCAGUUGGGUGGAUGCCCCCGAUGACGUUUACUUUGUAGCCACUGAUUCAACUAAGAAGCUAAGAAAGCAGAUAACCAUCCCUGAACUGAGAAGAUCGGCUCGUAAACCCUGUAGAAAACUGAAUGUAAAAAUUCCAUUCUACUACGAUAACCCACCUCCCGUUGUCCCUCCUCCUGCUCCUAGCACUGCUGCAGCUGCUCCUCCUGAAACUCUUGCUGUCAUUGACUGAGGAUUUAAACAUAGGAUUUUCAACUAAACAAACAAACUGGCUCUCAACAAACACAGAAGCUGUGUCUGCAUUGGUUUUUUGUUGUCAGAACAAUUACCCUAUUUGAACUCAGGUGUAUUGGUGAUGAUUCAAAAAGUUCUAGUUUUUGGUGCAAAGUGCUUUUAUAAACUACUCUUUGCCUUUGGAAGAUAGUCUGUGUUGUGCUUCCUAUAUUCAAAUCUCAGGUGUUUUAUGGAGGAUUCUGUUGCAGCUUCAUUGGCUGAAAAUGAUCAUAAUAUCAUUUAUAUAUCUAUUUCUGUGUGUAUUGUGUAUAAACAAAUCCAGAAGCAUUUUACAAUUGUUGAAUCAUAUUAAUAUCCUUCAAUGGUAGUCACUAUUUCAAUAUUUUGCAAUGGUGGAUCUGUAUGAAUGGUUUAGCAUUUGUUGAGGCCUUUUUUUUUUAAAAAAAAAAGGUCGUUUGUUUUAUUUUACUUAACUAUUCUUAUGUGCAUUAUAUUUUGUUUUUAUCAUUGUAAACUUUUUUUUCUAAGUGCUUUAUGUAAUGUGUGACCAAAAAUGAAUGAAAGCUAUUAUUCUGUUAAUCAUCUCUUGUAUAAAGUUUGACUUCUCGUGUCAAUAUUGAAUUCUGCAUUUUUUUAAUUACCUUUUUUAUUACAUAAUUGUUUACUAUUCUAGUUUUGUCCAGCCCUUUUUUUCCUUUUUCAGUAGGUUAAUAAUGUUAUUUCUUGUGCACGAACAUUUAAGAACCAAGUCGGAUAAUCUCAGUAAAAAAUGAAUUUUUUUCAAAAACUUAUAUCUCGUUUUAUAUUUAAAAAAGUUUGUUUUUUAAAUAGUCACUAAAUUCUUUAACUCUUAAUUGAAUUAAUAAUUUGCAUAUUUAAAAAAUGAACUUAAUUUUUGACUUAAAAAAGAAAAUACUGAAACAGGAUCUGUGCUUGCAUAACUUUAAAAUAUUUCAGGGAAUGGAUCAAAAUUAUUUAAGAAACAGCUAUUUUUUAAUUUCUCUUUAUUUUUAUCCUAAAAAAAUUAUAAAUAUAGAAUUAAUUUAAACUUUUAUAGAUUGCCUUACCAUUAUUUCGUUACACUGUUAAUUAGAUCAAAUUAUUUCUGUUAGAGAGCUGGUAGCCAAGAUUAGUGCUGAAAGAUAUCAGAAUUUUAACAGUGCAAUAGAUUUUCAGUAAAAAUCAAUAUGUCACGAUAUUUUUCAUUUUAACUAAUUUACAUGAUUGUUAGAUUGGUUAAUUUUAUUUCAUCCUAAUAAUGUUCAUCAAUGACCACAAUAAUGUAUUACUUAUUAAUGAUAAUGCUGAUGGCACAAUCUUUAUCUUAAAUCUUUUUAUUAUCCUGAGAAUUAUUUUUAAAACAUCAUUAUCAGGAUGUUUAAAAGGUAACAAUAUUUCAUAAUAUAUUGCCCAGCUGUAGUUAAAACCGCAUGUCUCAUAAUGAGUUGUUUAAAAUAUUUUAUGCUAUAUUUUCUUUGUAAAUGAAACGAAAAGAAUAUCAUUGAAACUUUUUUCACUUAUAAAUCUUUAUUUAAUCAAAAAGUAAUGUUAUAUUAUCCUGUGGUGAUGAAAUAUUUUCUUUUAUUGAACUAAAAAUACUAUUUGUUAAAUUACAUAACUCAUAAUGUCAAAUAGCAUGGACAUGUUCAAGUUUUUGUUGGUAAACUUGUCCCUCACUUCUUUAAACAACUCAAAUUCAAAUCUUAAUUUAUUACCAUUGAAUUAUUAUUUUUUAUUAUUAUUUGUCUCAAGCAUCAAAAAUAUCUCAUGUCAUUCAUUAUUCAUAUUAACUUCAUACACUUAUUCAUAUUGUUUAAACUUAAAAAUCAUUUUCUCUUCAUCUUGUUGAACCAUUAGUGCAUAAUUUUACCAAUAAAGCCAUUUCUUUCAA